CUUGCUAGUGUUAGAAUAGUAGCUAUUUUGGGAUGUUGUCUUAUGGUGUGUUACAUCUUUUGACAUCAGGCUAAAAAAAAACCAAAGUUGUAGGUGCUAAUUUAGAAGGAACCUUGAAUGCCACUUGGUUUUCUUGGCUCCAUCUGAAAUGUUUCAAGUUCACCUAAAUGAUAUUUUUUCAGUUUCUUCGUGUCAUUUGUAACUUUAACUAGCCCAUUAUGCUGAAUGAAGAAGAAUUCGACUCUGACAGCACAGAUGAAGACUACAUUCCUACAGUAGCCAAAGGGAGUGAUGAUGACCUGUCAUCAGAUGAGAGUGAAUUAGAUGAAGAAGACAAAGUGGAAGAUGAUGUUGCUCAAACAGCCAAGAGAACUAAAAGUAAGGAAUCUAAGAAAACUUCUAAUGGGAAGAAGAGAAAAUCUAACACAAAAACUGUUAAACAAAGAGUGAAUCCCUUACUUGCCCAGUUAGGAAACCAGGAUGAAUGUGGAAGUGAUCAAGUCAAUGCCAUAGACUCUACAGAAGAUAAAGCUGAAGGAAAAGAUCAGAAGAAGGAAGAGGACCUUUGGGCUAAUUUUUUAGCUGACACUGAAGAGGUUCCUAAACCUGAGCCUCCUGUUAAGCCCAAAAAGAAGAGCUGGGCUGAAUUACUUGGAAAUAAGAAGGCAAAAUCUUCAAGUAACAGUAAUUGUCCUACUAAUGAUUCUGAGACUCCUAAGAGCUCCAGCUCAUUGUCAGGGCAAGUGUCAGCUCCAGCCAAGGCUGCAGUAUCUGAACCCAAAGUUCCAGCCACUGUAAAAGUCACCAAAAUAUUUGAAUUUGCUGGUGAAGAAGUGAGAGUGGAGGAGGAAGUUGCUGCAAAUUCAAAGGAGGCAAUGCUUGCUCCUUCAGCAGCAGCCAGCUCAGGAUGCAUAGGAAGCAAGCGUAGCAGUAAUCUGAGUGCUCUGGUGAACUCACUGGGCAACAAGAAGCAGAAGUUGAGCACACUUGAAAAGACCAAGCUGGACUGGCAGAGCUACAAGACUGAGCAGGGUCUUACCGACGAGCUGCUGCUGCACACAAAGAGCAAAGACACGUACCUGGACAAGCAAGAGUUCCUGCAGCGCGCUGACGUGCGUCAGUUUGAGCUGGAGCGCGACGUGCGUCUGGGCGUCCGCCGCAACAACAGAUAAUUCCUUCACUCCUCGUGCCGAGGCUGCUAAUAAUCUACCUUACGACAUGCUGAUCAAGCUUAUAAUUAAUGAUCUGAUAAUAAAAAAGCUAGGUUGUGUUGGAGAAAAACUUGGAAAACCAUUACUUUCGGAUACAGAAAAGCUGGAUUCGUUCAAUUAAACAUGGAAAAGCAUUGUUCUCGGAUACAGAAAAGCUGGAUUCUUUUAAUUCAACAUGGAAAACCAUUACACUUUACCAAACAAUUUCAUAUACCAAGCUGGAAGUGCCAAUAGCCAAGAUAGAUAUAAUGGACCUGAGAGAAAACAUCAGCGGCUGGCAGCGUUCUUCUUGAAGCUCAGACUUUUUCCCCUCAAGGAGAUGCAAGAAGAAAAGAGUAAUUUUUGGUGCCAAUCCAUAGUUAUAAUGUUUCUUUUGUGUUCCAUUCCAUCAAUUUGUGCUGUAGGUUAAGGCAGUUCAAGGGGAACUAUUGCAUUUAAAUAACGCGUGAUCCAAAGGCUCUCUCCAGUUAAAUUAAAAUGUUAAAAUUUCUGACCAAAAUUUAGCUCUAUUCACGGCACUUGUGUAAUUUCAUCUUAUUGAAGUCAAGUCCAAAUUUUUACCGAUUGCCAUUCAAUGAGAACUUUGACGUUGCUGUUUCAGAUAGAAGUAUUAUUCUUCUUUUAGUUACGCCUUGUUAAUGCUAAAUAUUGCUUCUUAUAUACGUAAGAUCUCGCUUAGAAAUUAAUCCAUCCUCUGAUGUUGCAUUAAUCCUCUGAUGUUGCCAGAAGGCAACUAACAACAGCGCAAAUGUUGUCUUCCUCAUAGAUCAUCUUACAUUUGUAAAUGACUACGAUUUACGUUGAUUUCAUAAUAUUCUUCACGAUAAAUUGCAUUAACUCCAGAUGAACAAGUAACAAGUGAACAUUCCUGUUUUUUUUCGGGUGUGUGUACGUUGAUUUCGAUGUUGAGGUGACGCAGGUAUCUCAGUGAGAUUUAUUGACCGUCUUCUGAGAAGGCCAUUUCAAUUAUCAGUAAAUUUUCUAGUAGUU